CAGCAGUGUGAGGAGACCUGAAAGUGGCACAUGGCAGAGUGUGGCGAUGGAGACAGCAGCAAUGGGAGGCCGUACAGGGACCCAUGACACACUCUGGACCUGGCAGCAGCAUGAGGAGGCGUCCCUAUCAAGAGUCCAAUGGCAGAGUGGCGGAGCAGAAUCAGCUUCAAUUGAAGGCCAUACACAGGCCUAGGUUUAAAACCAAACACAGGCCUCGGUUAAAAAGCGGAAGACGUCAGCAGCGUGUGAGCAGACGACAGAGGCACAUGGCGCAGGGUGGCGGUGGAGGCAGCAGCAAUGGAAGGCCAUACAGC